AUUUUUCUCUUAAAUAACAAAAUCUUUGCGUCUUCACUAAAUUAUUUUAUCUUAAGCGAUUAAUCGAUAACACAAUGUGCCAAAUACCCGAUAACUUCAUAACAUCUGAUUUGGUGAAUCACUUACGUUGUGAUAAACUCAAAUUUGAGCUGGCACCGCCACCAACAAAAACCAAGACGAGUUGGACUCAUGCCCGUUUUCUAUUCGUAUUCGAGAAGGGGGAUCUGAAUACGGCGGCACAUUACUUGGCAGAGCGGAUGCACGAACCCUUCGAUCCCUUUCCGAUUGCCGUUGUGGCCGUGCAGCACGCGGUGUACGAUGAGUUCAUUGAGCGUGUCCGCAAUCGUUUCCAUCAGGUGAAGCCACAUGUUGCAACACAUCCGAAUUUUGAGCGCAGCCUGCUCGAACUGAAGUUGGGCGGUGUGAAAUAUGUGGUCGCACCCGAGAGCAAUGCCCCACCAAUAGCCAGUCCCAUCAUUGUGACGGACAAGGUGACUCAACUGUUUUUCAGCUCCAGCCCCUCCGGUGUCGUCGUAUUGAAGCGAUUUAGCGAUGUACCCGAGGCAGCGCGCAUAUUUGAUCAUGAGCAGCCCCAGUUCGAUGCAGUGCAUCUAUUCGAUGAGCGCAUCUCGACCGUUUAUGAGCUGGCCAAACGGAUCACUUGUGCUCAGUUCUAUGUGAAUUGUUUCGAUGUCUGUAUGAUGCCCAUUUUAACGUUCUAUGGCCUGCGACAGCCGCAUUCCUUACUCCACAAUGGCUUCCACUAUGAGACGCUGGAGAUGGACAACGUUUGGCGUAUAAUUGUCUUUCCCUAUACCACCAGCUUUGUGCGUAGCUGCUGCUGUGUGCCGGGUCAAUGUACUUGCUUCGCCGAUAAGAAAGUUUGCUGUGAUUAAAAGUAUACGCACGCCUCAAAAUCCUCCAAGUCAAACCACAAAUUUAUAAACUAGCAGGCGACGCAAAACACAAUUAAGAAUAGAUACAAGAACAAAUCAACGUUCCAGAAACUUAACUGUCUGACAGACUGUGACGUCUGCUUCAGUCUGCCUCACUGUCUCAAGAACCGUAGAAAUUCUUAGCUUGCUGGUUGGCUGGCAAUUGGACUGACAACACAUGUGCCACAUAAUUUUCGCGGUUGUUGGUUACGAAUUCGCAAAUAUAGUAGACACUCGACUACGUGAACGUAGUUGAAGUGGAGAGGUAAAAUUCUCGUACUCAAUAUAAGUAUUUAGUUCAAUUUAUUAUGACUAUAACAUAAGGCAGUAAGAAGCAUUUGCGACUCCAUAAAGAGUAUUUAUAUAUAUAGCUCUACAUAUAUCUAAAUGUUGUAAAAAUGUUGAUAUAGUUUUCGGUUUGAGAAUAAAUGCAAGCGUUGACUUGGA